AUGUCCGAGCAGAAGAAGAAGCUCGUGGCCUAUCAUGAGGCCGGUCAUGCGAUCCUGGGCGCUCUGAUGAACGACUACGACGUCGUGGCCAAGAUCAGCAUCGUGCCUCGGGGCCCAGCCGGUGGCGUGACGAUCUUCAUGCCUUCCGAGGAUAGGCUGAACUCCGGCCUGUACUCGAAGGAGUUUCUGGAGAAUCGCAUGUGUGUGGCGCUGGGUGGGCGCUUGGCCGAAGAGAUCAUCAACGGCAAGGACAAUGUGACCACUGGUGCCUCCAACGACUUCCAGCAGUGCACGCAGGUCGCCAAGCAGAUGGUGAUGACCCUUGGCAUGUCGCCGGAAAUUGGCCAGCGCCUCCUGGGAGGCCAGCAGGGUGGCGGUCCCUUCAUGGGCCGUGACUUCAUGGGACAGGGGGCUCCUCCCAUGUCGCAGGCUCUGAGGCAGCAGGUGGACGCCGAGAUCAAGCGCAUCGUGGACGAGCAGUAUCAGCGUGGCAUGAAGCUCCUUCGAGACAACAUGUAUCUCCUGGAUGAGCUUGCCAAUCUUCUCUUGGAGGAGGAGAAGGUCUCCGGCGAGCAGCUGAUGAAACUGAUCAACAAAUCUGCUGCAGAAGGAAAGCUGGUCAUGGGCAACAGCAAGAUGGCCGUGGCCGCCUACACGGGCGAGGUGAUCGAGAACUCCUCGGAGGUGUCUUUGCCGCGAAAGACCCAGUGUGUGCACCCGGACAAGCCCAUGAUGUUCGCCUGUGCCGACUGCCCGCGACGCGGCUUCUGCGGUUCAACUCGUGCUGCGCCCAGGGACGGCAAGGCUGCGCGAAGCGCCGUGGCUCGGCUGGGUCUCGCCACGCCCGAGGCGGAGAGUCGCGAGUCCACCAGCGAGGAAGUGCUGCGCCGAAUCAAGGGCAUGGCAGCCGAGGUGUCCCCUUCCGGUGCAGCUUUGCCUGAGAGCGUGGUGAAGCAUGCUGCCGUGCAGGCCUUGGCCGUUCUCGCCGCCUCGGCCGGGCCCUUGGCCGCCAAGGCAGAUGACGUUCCC